UUAGCGCUAGCUUCCCGCGUCCUUCUAGGAAAUUACUUCACUCCUAGUGCUACCCUUCCAUGGGAUGGGAAGCAACAAGAGGGAAUCACCGAGCUCCUCCCAUAGUCCUAUAUAAUUGUCAAAUUGUGCGCGCAAGAUUCAAGAAGCUCGCAGCAACAAGAGUAUUUAGAGUUCUUGCGCUUUGGUCACGCGCGGAGCUCCGAUCGAGAUAGAUGGACGACGGCGCCGGCAACGGCAACGGCCACCACGUCCAAAUGGUGGAACUGGGCCAGCUGCCGGGCGGCGACAACCCCCCGCAGAAUGCUGGCGCCGCCGUCGCCGGCGGCGGCGGCGGCGGGCACGCGCCGGACUUCGACGCGAACGACGCGGGAACGCUGCUGGUGGUGGCGACGCUGAUCUCGGGGCUGUCCUACCAGCUGGGGACCAACAUCCCGGGCGGGUACUGGCAGGACGACGCCGCGGGGCACGUCGCCGGCGACCCGAUCAUGCGGGACAAGCACCGGCGGCGGUACUGGCUGUUCAUGUCGGGGAGCUGGGUGGCGUUCGGCAGCUCGAUGCUGCUCACGGUGGGGCUGCUCACGGGGGUGCCCGCCGGGUCCCGGUUCAUCCGGGCCGCGUUCCUGGUGGCCUACUCCAGCCUCGUGCUCACGUUCGUGACGUCGCAGCCGCGCACCUCUCUCGCCAUUGACAUCGCCAUCUGGGUCGGCGUCAUGGCCGCGCUCGCCGUCGUCACCUCGUACCUGCGCCUCGACAGGCUCCCGACAUGGGCGCAGGCAGCUUUUCGUCAGCUGCUGGGUCGGUGAUCCGACCUGUGGGCUUGUAAGUGCGAUUUUUUUUUCUUUUUUGUGCCUAAUGUUCUGUUAAAAAAAAGGGGUGCAGUGGUAGCUGUUCCUCCCUUUGUUGUUCUUGUUCUCCGCUGCUGGUUGCUCAAUCAAUAACUACAGGGUAUGUGAACAGCUCUGGUCGUAAUGUGGUGCUUGUUUCUUCUUGGGCUGCAAUGUAAAGUGCCCUUUUUUCCCCCUCUCUCUCGAGCAUUCCUUUUGUUGUCCCUGUAGGCUGUAUGUUGUGUUCGUUUGCCAAAGCCAUCGUGUAAAACGACGAGAGUGGAAACCAGCUGCAACUUUGCAGCCU